UAUUUGAUAUUUAGAAUCUACCGGCAGCGAUCCCCAGUCAGACUAACAAACAAACUGGAUCCUGCAUCGAAUUUUAAUUUUUCUUCCUUAGUUUCCACAUCCAAAAUAGUACGGCAAAAGCAACAAAGGUUUCUGCAAUCUAUAUUCGUCAAUUUGAAUGUUACAGACCUGAUACCUGCAGAACAUAAAUAAAAUGGCUGAACAGAACAGAAGACUUAGUGGAGGAGGAGAUGAAGCUGACCUCAACGAGAGGCGUGGACUAAGAAGAGAUUACAGAGAAUUGAUUGCUGAAACAAACAGAGAAAGUUCCGAGCUUGUUAGACCUGAAUCUGAUGGCCUGAGUGGGCUAUUGGACCGCGGUGAUGAAUUAUUUAGUCAUGUCAUUAGACUGGCUAACAGAGCCCCAACCUUAGAAGCUGCCUUAGAUGCUCAGUUCUUGAGAACAGCUGCCAGCCUUGGCUACCAGAAAGCCAAGAAACUCCAUGUCGACAACAAGUUUGACCCUAAGGUCUUUGUUCAAAAGCUGAUAACUUUCAUGGACUGUAGAAGACUUGGUAAUGAUAUUGAGAUAGAAGAAGAACAUUGGAUUAAUUUAGGCAGAGCUGCAACACCAGCAUUCCGCAAUGCAACCAGCUUUCAGUUCCUGCUUGGUGCCUUCGAACGUGAACCGCCUCGAAAAAUCCAGAGAAACAAAGAUAAAAAUGCUGAAGAACAGGCUGGCCCUACAACAGUUGCCAAACAGGUCAAAGACAAGGAUAAGACUCCAACUGAGGUAACUUCAGAGGAGGUUGAGAAGUUGGUGGCCAUUCUGCGGCAAGUCUGUGUUAGUAGUGACGGAUCAUAUGAACCUAUCUCUUACUUCGAUUUGGUCAUCAAUCCCAAAUCAUUCAGCCAAACUGUGGAAAACAUUUUCCACUUAUCCUUUUUGCUGAAGGAUGGCCAUGCUAAAGUGUACUUGGACGAUGAUGAUCUUCCAGUCAUAGUUCCUUGUAUGCCAUUCAAUGAAGACCAAGGAAAUGGACGAGUUGUCAAGAAGCAGGUCCUGGUCUCAAUUGACAUGGACCAAUGGAAAGAACUUAUCGAAGUGUUUGAUAUCACCGAACCUCUCAUUCCGACAAGACAUGAAACCAAGCAAAGCAAUGGGCAUCGGUAGUUUCUACUUCAGCCCAGUGAGAACUUUUCUGUGAAAUGGAUUUUGCAGACGACACCUAGAUGCAAUGACUACUGCUUUUAUGCCUUGAAGGAAAGACUGUUUUCAUGAAGCCUGGAAGCUUGUGUUUUUUUGUAAUACCUGCUAUGAAACCUAAUUGGCAUGCUAGAUCAACAUCGUACAGCUUGCUUUUCAGAUGACCUUCUUCAGCAGAGUACAAGGUUGUCUGUGCAAAUGAAAAUGAAGUGGAUGCUUAUUAGCAAUGUCUGUUACAUUGAUGCUUACUGUGGAGUAUUCUGCAUCAAGAAUUCAACAUUAAGUAACUGAAGCUCAAGAAACCUGCUAGGUUGGCCAGAUAAACCUUAUAUAGUUUUAAGGUGAACUAUUCCUUCUAGCAGCCUAUGGGAAGAUGAGUGUGGCAAAGAUAGAGGCAACACAUUUUUCCCAUGACUUAAAAAACAAAACAUGAGAGACCUAUUUGGUGUGUUACCCAAAUAUUGGAUGGAAAUUCUUUAGAUGGAAUUUUCUUAACUGCAGCUUAUUAAGAGAUAAGUAUGGACAGAAAUGCUUUUUAUCACAAGAGAUAAUGUUGUUCUGACUAUGAAAUCAUGUCCUCUUCUACCUUUCAUGAAGAUUACAUGGCUAUUGGAGGCCAAAGAAAGACAUUGUCAAAUAGUUUUGUGGAUGGAUGGUAAGGGACAACAUAUGAGGAUCUGUUAACACAUUUGGGUUUACAAAUGCUUGACUGUUUGUGACAUGCAAUAACAAAGAUGUGAAUGAACUUUCAGACCUUUGCUUAAAUUCCAAACCUUUAAGUCUAAUUUCCAUUAUAAUUUGGACCAAAACAAGUGUGAAAACCCCAAGUCUGGUUUAGGCCCGUUUUGAAAGUCCAUUUUUGAUGCACGUGUACACGGCAUGUUUUUCGGUCGUGUACACGUUGUAAACAC